AUGUCUUCCAACCAGACCCUUGACACCUCGAAGCUUUCUACUGCUCCUACACAAAAUGUCGAGACGCAACAGCGCCGCUGUAGCAAGUCUCCUGAUCCUGCCCACGAGCCUGAUGCCAGCACUUGCGCUCCCAGCCAAAUGCGCGAGCACCUUGGCCCUCCCGAGAUUACGCACGAGUACCCCGAGGACAGCACGCACCGCAGACACUCCUCUGCCUCUGCUCAGCAGGCGCACUUUAUGAAAUAA